AUAAACUCUCUUCUUUAUUUUUUUUGAAAAACACUCUCUUUUUUUGCCAGCGACGGCGAUGGAGAUCCUAAGGACGAAAUGGGUAGCCAUGGCUGCCAGCAUCUGGAUCCAGUGCACAAGCGGCGCUUCCUACACCUUCGGAAUCUACUCCGCCGCUCUCAAAUCCACCCAAUCCUACGAUCAAUCCACCCUCGACACCGUCUCCGUCUUCAAAGACAUCGGCGCCAACGCCGGAGUUUUCUCCGGCCUUCUCUACACUUACGUCACCUCAAACCGCCGCCGUGCACGUGGCGGCGGAGGCGGAGGCGGAGGCAGUGGAGGUCCUUGGGUGGUGCUCGCUAUCGGAGCGAUUCAAUGCUUCGCCGGUUACUUUCUCAUGUGGGCCUCCGUCACCGGGAUAAUCAGGAAGCCGCCGGUGGCUUUGAUGUGUCUGUUUAUGUUUAUAGCGGCGCAGUCGCAGACGUUUUUUAAUACGGCGAACGUUGUGAGUGCUGUGGAGAAUUUUGCUGAUUAUGGUGGAACUGCCGUUGGUAUCAUGAAGGGUUUUCUUGGUCUAAGUGGGGCGAUACUGAUUCAACUGUACGAGACUUUGUGCGGUGGAGAUCCGGCGAGCUUCAUUCUUUUGCUGGCUGUAACACCAACAGUUCUCUCCCUUUUGGCCAUGCCUUUGGUUAGGAUCUAUGAGACAAGCGUAGCUGAUGAUAAAAAGCAUUUAAAUGGUCUUUCAGCUGUAUCUCUUGUUAUUGCAGCUUAUCUUAUGAUUGUGAUCAUUCUGAAGAACACUUUUGGUUUGUCGUCAGUGGCCAAUGUUGUCACACUUGUAUGUCUCGUCCUUCUCCUUGCCUUGCCUCUCUUUAUUGCGGGAAGAGCGCGUCGUGACCGCAUGGAGAAAACAGUGUUGCCUGAUAAAUCCCCUCUCAUAAGCAGUCCAAAAGCUACAACCUCCGUUAACCAAAGCUCUGAAGACGAUAGUCUGAGUGAGAACAUGAAUCUUCUGCAAGCUAUGAAAAGCCUAAGCUUCUGGUUGUUGUUUCUCGCCAUGAUCUGUGGAAUGGGAUCUGGACUUUCAACAAUAAACAACAUCCGACAAAUAGGUGAGUCUCUUCGGUACUCAUCCGUUGAGAUAAACUCACUGGUCUCCUUGUGGAGUAUAUGGAACUUUCUUGGUAGAUUUGGAGCCGGUUACGCCUCAGAUGCAAUGCUUCACAAGAAAGGAUGGCCUCGUCCCUUGCUAAUGGCUGCAACUCUUGGAACGAUGACCAUAGGCCAUCUAGUCAUAGCCUCUGGUUUUCAAGGCAACCUUUAUGUCGGUUCUGUUAUAGUGGGCGUUUGUUAUGGAUCACAAUGGUCACUAAUGCCUACAAUCACCUCAGAGUUAUUCGGAGUUCGUCACAUGGGAACCAUCUUCAACACCAUAUCCAUAGCCAGUCCCAUCGGUUCGUAUAUCUUCUCUGUAAGAUUGAUCGGUUAUAUUUAUGACGAGACUGCUUCUGGGGUAGGGAACAAAUGUUUUGGCUCUCACUGCUUCAGGCUGUCCUUUGUUAUAAUGGCGUCUGUUGCGUUCUUUGGGUUUCUUGUUGCUAUAGUACUCUUCUUUCGAACAAAGUCGCUUUAUCGACAGAUCCUUGUGAAGAGGCUGCAUCGUCGAUAGGAUACUUGUGAGUUGUGAAUAUGAUACAUACGGGAACGAAUACAGGGGUUAUGAUACCCAGAGGUACAUCAUUUACUUUACUUAUGCAAGUUGGCUGUAACUUGUGUUUUUAUCAAUCGUCUGUGGAAGAAAGAAGACUGGGAUCUUUGUCUCCCUUUUUUUUCUGUAGUUUCUUCCACAAUUGUGAAUUUGUUUUGUGAAGUGUAUACACAUCCCCUUCGAAUAAAUGUUGAAAUUACUCUUUAAUGGAGAACUUGG